AUGAGGCUUGAGUUUGGAGAAGCAGAUUUUGUUGCACUUUGUGACAUUUUAAAAGUUUCAGAUGUCAUAAGAACAAGUGCGUGGAAGACGUAUGAAAAAGUGUCAUCUGUGGUUGGAUCUCUAGAGGCCUACAUCAAAAAGAAGGAGGAGAUAUGGGGAAUCUGUAUCUUUAUUGUAGCAGUUGAUCUGGAUGAGAUAACAUUCACUUUUACAGAACUUCUGAAAAGUAUAGGUCUAAGUGCAUGUACAUUUUUUCAGUUGUUGAAGCAAAUGGAUAGUAACAUGGAUACCAUAAGCACUAAUGUUGAUAGUACUGUGUCACGACUACAGAAGAAAUAUGAAGUAUUACUUGCACUAUAUCGCAAGUUUGAAAGGAUUUGUGGACUUAUUUAUGUGGCACAGCCUAAUAAUCAAAUUUCUGAUGAACUCAAUUCCAUGUUAGUUCAAAAGAUUUCUUGGAUCACUUUUUUGUUGGCUAAAGGAAAAGUGUUACAGAUGGAAGAUGACCUGGUGAUCUCUUUCCAGUUAUUGCUGUGUGUUCUCGAUUAUUUUAUCAAACUUGCACCACCAGCAUUGCUCAAGGAACCAUACAAAUCUGCUGUGAAUACAGUAUCUAUUAAUGGCUCAACUCGAACUCCAAGGCGAGGUCAGAACAGGAGCACGCGUACAUCAAAGCAAACUGAGACAGACACAAAAGUUAUUGAAGUCCUUUGUAAGGAACACGAUUGUAAUUUAGAUGAGGUCAAAAAUGUGUAUUUCACAAGCUUCAUUCCAUUCUUGAAUUCUGUUGGUAUUGUAGCUUCAAAUGGACUCCCAGAGGUUGAGACUCUCUCAAGGCAAUAUGAAGAGGUUUACCUGAAAAACAAAGACAUAGAUGCGAGAUUAUUUCUGGACCAUGAUGAAACUCUACAGCCUGAUCGCAUAGACGGAUGCUUACAGUUGGAGAGAACACCAAGGAAAAGUAACCCAGAUGAAGAAUUCAAUCUCAUACUUCCGCAGACUCCAGUUCGUGCUGCAAUGAACACUAUACAGCAGUUAAUGAUGAUCUUAAAUUCAGCAACUGAUAAACCGUCAGAGGCUCUCAUUUUGUAUUUCAAUAACUGUACAGUGAACCCUGAAGAAGGUAUCAGGAAAAGGGUAGAAGAUCUUGGGCACAUCUUCAAGGAGCAAUUUGCUAAAGCUGUUGGACAGGGUUGUGCUGAAAUCGGCUUGCAGAGAUACAAGCUUGGUGUACGGCUAUAUUAUAGAGUAAUGGAAUCCAUGCUAAAAUCAGAAGAAGAACGUCUGUCAGUGCACAAUUUUAGCAAACUUUUGAACAAUAACGACUUCCACACAUCUCUUCUGGCUUGCGCUGUUGAAGUUGUCAUGGCUACAUAUGGCAGGAAUGCUUCACAAAGCGAUGGUACCAGUGCUGAAACAGAUCUCUCUUUCCCAUGGAUACUCAAUGUAUUUGAUUUAAAAGCCUUCGACUUCUAUAAGGUGAUUGAAAGCUUUAUUAAAGCAGAACCAAGCUUGACAAGAGAGAUGAUAAAACAUCUAGAACGCUGCGAACAUCGAAUUAUGGAAUCUCUUGCAUGGCAAUUGGAUUCACCUUUAUUUGAUCUUAUCAGGCAGUCAAAGGAAAGAGAAGGUCAGGUUGAUCAGCCUGAACCCACUUGCACUCUAAACCUGCCUCUCCAGCAUAAUCACACUGCUGCAGACCUGUAUCUUUCUCCUGUGAGAUCGCCUAAGAAAAAAGGAUCUGCAGUUCACUUAAACUGUACUCCUCCUACAGAUGCUCAGUCUGCUGUGACCCCCCAGACUCAGAAACCACAGAAAUCUACCUCCCUCUCCCUAUUUUACAAGAAAGUAUAUCGGCUGGCAUAUCUUCGAUUGAAUACCCUGUGCUUUCGGCUUCUCUCUGAACACCCUGAACUGGAACACUUGAUCUGGACCCUUUUUCAGCACACGUUGCAAAAUGAAUAUGAACUUAUGAGAGACAGGCACUUAGACCAGAUCAUGAUGUGUUCUAUGUAUGGCAUAUGCAAAGUCAAGAACAUAGAUCUCAGAUUUAAAAUCAUUGUUUCAGCAUACAAGGAGCUCACGAAUACCAAUCAAGAGACUUUCAAGCGUGUUCUGAUCAGGGAAGGACAAUAUGACUCCAUUAUAGUCUUCUACAAUUUAGUGUUUAUGCAGAAAUUGAAAACAAAUAUAUUGCAGUAUGCCUCCAAUAGGCCUCCUACCUUAUCCCCUAUCCCAUAUAUUCCUCAAAGCCCUUACACGUUUUCUAAUUCCCCCCUCCGAGUCCCUGCUGGAAAUAACAUCUACAUCUCACCCUUGAAGAGUCCCUACAAAUCCUCUGAGGGGCUGCUGUCACCCACAAAAAUGACACCAGGAUCCAGAAUCUUGGUGUCAAUUGGUGAAACGUUUGGGACUUCAGAGAAGUUUCAAAAAAUAAACCAGAUGGUGGGUAGCAGUGACCGUCAGCUGAAACGCAGUGCAGAAGUAAGCAGUGCUCCCAAGCCACUGAAAAGACUUCGCUUUGACAUGGAGGGACAAGAUGAAGCAGAUGGAAGCAAACAUCUACCAGGAGAGUCCAAGUUCCAACAAAAGCUUGCAGAAAUGACAUCUACUCGUACGAGAAUGCAAAAGCAAAAACUGAACGAUGGAACUGAUACCUCAGCCAGUGAAGAAAAGUGAGCAUCUUCUCACAGCAGCACUGCACACCUCUUUCAUUGGUCUUUGUUUUCCAGCUACCAUCAUUUAGUUUUGUUUUUAGUAGCUGUUUUUUAAUUACCUGCUCCAGUUUCAAAAGUUGGCGCUUUUUUUUUACUUUUAACUGUUUUUCCCAAUACUUUGUCCUGUAUGUAGCAUGUCCACAACAUAAGCCACUGAGUUUAUUUAUAUUUUUUGAGGAUUUUUUACAUCAGCAAGCUUGGAAGAGUUUCCCAGCUUCCUGUUGCAACGUUGUUGGUUUAAUGCCAAUUCAGUCUACUUCAAUUAAUCCCUUCUAAAAUAAAGAUGUUUGAAGUUAGAAUGAUUUGAAAUGCACUAAUUUUUUUGUUCAUUAGGUUUCAUUUUAGUAUUGGAAUUUGAUGCACUAUUUUGCAUAUUUUGAGAAUUGGGGGCCAGGUACUGCAAAGCUUUCUGACUGUAUAUAAAUACCAAGCAAAGUUAGUUUAUUUAACUAUACAGGUAGUCAUAACUGUUUGCAGGAUUAAGUCCUUAUUGUAAGUACAACAAAGCAAAGUGAAAAGUGAAAUCAUCCUGUAGUCACACUACUGAAACAGAUGAUCUGUACCUCAGAUGCUUGCCACUUCCAACUACUACCCCACCCCCACCUGUCCUCAGUUUUGGGUCGGAAGGUGUGCUCUUGGUUAUCCGCUAUAGUCAGGUUGGACCUUACUGAGUGUGAAUUACCAAGAGGGGGUAAAUCUGUUC